AUGGUGAUCAAAAACAGACCACAACGUCGUCGCCGCCGGCAUCGUCAGCGUAUAGCGUAUAACAGACUCGUGGAUCGCGAAAAUCCAUUAGAAAAUGUGUGUGAAGUAGAGGUGUUCAAGAGGUACCGAUUUAGACCUGAUACAGUUCUUUACAUCACUGGUUUGCUCGCCCCUUCUUUUACACGCGAAACUCUGAGGAGUUGCGCUUUACCACCCCUUCUUCAAGUCCUCGUAACACUGAGGUUUUUAGCGACUGGUGGGUUUUACUCGCUGAUUUCGGACACCUUUUUCUCUAUUUCCCCACCUUCCAUAUGCAGAGCAGUAAGAGACGUGUGCCGUGGUUUGUGCUGGGUGGCUAGACAAUUUAUCAACACGCCGACAGGUCCAAGAAUGGUACAAAUGAAACAAGAAUUUUUUGCCAUUACAGGUUUCCCAUAUGUUCUGGGAUGUGUUGAUGGGACCUUCAUCAAGCUGCAAGCACCAUCACAGAAUCAACCAGACUAUGUGAAUAGGAAAGGAUAUAAUUCUCUUAAUGUGUAG